CACACACACGCCGCACGAGAGCGGUGCACAGUCCGUUCGGAGCUUGUGCGCCCCCCCCCUUCGUGCACGCGCCUCGGCAAGGACAGGAGCGAGUGCGCGCUCCCGGAUCAAGAAGUAUCUUCCAUGUACAGUUCUUUCUUUCUUUCUUUCCAUCAUCUGUCUUUUCUGUGAAUUUGUUUUGCACGAUUACGCGCGUGCUUGGUCGGAAAGAUAAGGAUUUUUCAUUGGUCCCAGCAUGGAGAACGUGAGAAGAAUUUGAGUGUUAAAGGCGAAAGGUUGGAGAAUAAAAGAGCGCAAGGAAAAGAAAAAAAGGAGACGCCGAGGUUUUGGAGGACCGUUAUGUCCCGUGCGGAGAUUUAUUAACGCGCGAGCCCCCGGAGGACUUUGGAGUAUAUUUCUUCUCCUCGGUUUUCUACGGUUCUCUCUCUUUUUUUUUUUCUUUAACUCUUGAACUCUUUUUUGGUCCAUGUUUUUGGUGUGCAUGGGUCAUCGGUGAGAUCGCGCGCGCUCCGCGGGAUGGGAGCGAGUCAGGGCAAGCAGAGUGGGAGUGAAGGGAAGGGCAGUUCCAGCAUUUCCUCCGACCUGAGCUCAAGUACAGAUCAGACGUCGACCAAAGCUCCGAAGAAUGUAGCUACCAGUGAAGACUCGGAUGUGAGCAUGCGCACUUUGAGUACGCCCAGUCCUGCUCUCAUCCUCCCUCGUUCUUCACCUGCUUUCUUCAAUGGCUCCUCAUUGUCCUUUGCUCCAGAGACGGUUGGUCUCACUUACCCUCAGCGUGGAAUGUGCCAAUCCAAAGACCACCAUCAGGGGGCGCCCAUUGACAUGCUGCCUGACCAUGCCUUUCUGCAGAUCUUCGCACAUCUGCCCACCAACCAGCUGUGUCGAUGUGCCAGAGUAUGCCGCCGAUGGUACAACCUGGCAUGGGACCCACGGCUCUGGAGGACAGUGCGUCUGACGGGUGAUGUGGCACACGUGGACCGGGCUUUGCGGGUGCUUACGCGUCGUCUAUGUCAGGAUACCCCCAAUGUAUGUUUAUCCGUGGAGAUGGUGGUGUUGAAUGGCUGCCGCAGACUUACUGAUCGUGGCCUUUACACGGUAGCACAGUGCUGCCCCGAGCUACGACGCCUCGAUCUGGCCGGCUGCUACAACGUGUCCAAUGAAGCUGUGUUUGAGGUGGUCUCACGAUGUCCUAACCUGGAGCACCUUGAUGUCUCAGGCUGCUCAAAGGUGACGUGCAUCAGUCUGACGCGUGAAGCCUCCAUCAAACUCUCCCCGCUGCACGGCCAGCAGAUCUCCAUUCGCUACCUGGACAUGAGCGAUUGCUUCGCGCUGGAGGACGAGGGCCUGCACAUCAUCGCGGCUCACUGCACGCAGCUCACACACCUGUACCUCCGGCGGUGCGUACGCCUAACCGACGAGGGUCUGUGCUUCCUGGUGAUCUACUGCCCUGCAGUGCGCGAGCUGAGCGUCAGCGACUGCCGCUUCGUCAGCGACUUCGGGCUGCGUGAGAUCGCCAAGCUGGAGGGUCACCUACGCUACCUGAGCAUAGCGCAUUGCGGCCGCAUCACUGACGUAGGAGUGCGCUACAUCGCCAAGUACUGUUCCAGGCUACGUUAUCUAAACGCCCGAGGCUGUGAGGGCCUCACGGACCACGGCAUCGAGCAUCUGGCCAAGAGCUGUCUCAAGCUCAAGAGCCUGGACAUCGGCAAGUGCCCUCUGGUGUCAGACGCCGGACUGGAGGUACUCGCGCUCAACUGCUUCAAUCUGAAGCGUCUGAGCCUGAAAGCAUGCGAAAGCAUCACAGGCCGUGGGCUGCAGGUGGUGGCGGCUAACUGUUUCGACCUGCAGCUGCUUAACGUGCAGGACUGCGACGUGUCGCUCGACGCGCUGCGCUUUGUCAAGCGCCACUGCAAGCGCUGCAUCAUCGAACACACCAACCCCGCCUUUUUCUGAGAGCUACAAUCUAAGAGUCUGAUACUCAGAGAACAUGUCCAUUCGGCUGCAGCUGGGAUGAGAAUAUCAUAACCAUAAUGCUAAUAAUGCGAUUUCUAUUCAUUGGUAUCAAUUCGAGCACUUUUGAGUUGUAUUCCAGUAAGGUCUGUUUACACUAAGACAACACGACGAUCCACACGGACGUGCAAUUCAAAUAUAUUUACAGCUAAGUGCCAAAAAUCUCGAUGACAUCUUUAUUAAUGUCACUGUAGACUUAUGGAUUUCUGUUGUUGUUGGUGCUUACUGUAUCCAGACCUUAAAUAUGAGAGAAUAUAUUUAAUUUCCUUCUUCAAUCAAAUGUAGUCCAUCAACGAAGAUAUGUCGGUUUCUGGUAUUUAGCCAUCAGGCUAAAUUAGCUAACGAUUGCAAAAUCUGUGUAAAUAAGAUCAAAUGUGCAAUUAAGUUUAAAAGGUUCUGCGGUUUAUGACGCAAUGUGAUUUAAAUUCGCUAGAAAUUGCGGCGGCCAUUUUGUAAUCAUUCUGUCCGCAAAGCCCCGCCCCCUAGUGCUUAAAGACAGAAUUACAGCAGAAAGGUUACAACUUCUACAUUUUAUACUACAUGUAUUUAUUUCAAGUUAAUAAUUCAUCAAUCUUAUAAAGAUUUGAAAAUUUAUUAAUGGAAAAACACAAUGAAGUUUAAAAGCUAGUGUACCAGUGUACUGGUGUAUCUUAUCAACUACAUAAACAGCAACUGUGCAAAGUGUGGAAAGUCUUUUAUCGUGUUUGAGAGACACAUACAUCUUCCUUUUGUUUCUACGCAUUAAACAUAUGUAGUGGUAUAAAGAUUUUGACCAAACAAAUCUAUAAAUGUCCAGAUGUUUCUACUUUAUUUUCAUUAAAAAUUCCUCCCUUAGUAUGAAGAACAGCUUUACACACUCUCAGCAUCCUGACACAGUUUCUCCAAACGUUCAGCUGAAAUACUUUGCUGUGCUUCUUGUAAAACUCGGAAGAUGUUUUUCACAUUUUUUUCUUGUGAUCCAGUUGAUCCCAGUGCAGUUCAAUAGGAUUUUGGUGUGGUGACUGGGCUGAUCGUUUCAUGAUAGAUAUCACUCCUGACGUACGAUUCAGGUUUUCAUCGUCUUGUUGUAUGGUGAACUAGUGAUGGAAAGACCGGAUCAUUUCAGUGACUAUGCUCUUUGAAUCUUGUUUAUUAAAAUGAAUCUUUUUUGAGUCAUUUAGUUCACCUUCAUUAGCGUAUGUGGAAGUCACGUGAUAAAAGAAGGAACGACUCGGACUGGAGGAGUUGAGAGAUGAACAUCCUGUACAUAACCCACAGAGAUUUCACGAUGCUUCGCUCGUGUGCGUCCAGUAGAGAAUAAACAAAUCACUAUUUGAGACGACUCGUUCUUCUGAGUCACAUCGAAGACUCAUUCAAAACGAACGAAUCGUUCAUGAACGACUCAUCACUUCAGUGAAGUCUGGACUGCAUGUUGUAUUUGGAAAUUAUGUUGGUUCAGGAUUCCUUUCAGUUUUCAUUUAAUUUCCACCUCCAUGUGUGAGUGUGGGGGUGAGGGAGUCUGAUCACAUCUUCUCUCUUCUUCUCUGUCCUACACAAGUUCUUCUGUUAGAGACAAAAUUGUCCAGUUUGAUUUUCACACAACUUUCAUCCACUUUACAAUUCUUGUGUUUUUUCCUUGAAUUUGUUGCAUAGAAACAAAAGGAACAUGCGUCUGGGAAAAACCCAUUUUCCACACUUUUCACAGCACUGUAAAGAAGAAGGAAACAGAAAUUGGGUACAGUCUUUUUUUUUUUUUUUUUUUUUUUAACACUUAAAACACAUUUUACUUUAUAUGUUUUCUUUUAAACCAAGGACUUGUUUUUAUGUGUUUAGCCCAUAUUUAUGCUUCGUCUGUAUUUUCUCUGAUUUUCCCCCUUACACUUCUUACACUUCUUUAUUCAUAACACAUUGAUCGUGUGCACAGAAGUGUAGUUUGUAUUCCGGAAAAGGGAACGAAUGUCGAAGGGAAUGAACACUUUUCUUUUCAUUGGAGCGUAAUUUAUGCUACGUUACACUCUGUUUACACGUUUUACCGCGCAGAUGCGACACGAUCGUUCAAUGAAAUGUCGCUAAUGAAGUAACAGAUGCAGACUGUUGGAUGUUCAGAUGAUUUUGUAGCAGUAUUACACUUUUAUAUCACAAUAACUCGUUUUUGUUUUUUUUUGUUUAUAAUAACGCUUUACCAGUUCACACCAUUUUCACCAGUUGCUCCUCAACUGAAUGUUUGUUUCAGGUGCUGAAUGUAACUCUGAAAUAAAAAUACCAAAGCCAUAUUAAAAAACAAACAAACAAACAAACAAACAAACAAACAAAAACCCCCAA